CUUUCCUUUGUGGUAUCGUGGGAAACUCGUCUCCACAAGGUCGUGUUGGCAUCCUCUGUACGUCCUCUUUGAAAAUGUCAAUGUGCAUAUAUGGGCAAUAAUAUUUCUGACUCCUCUAUUCACUUAGUAAAAAGUGACUGUUUGAGGGGCGGAUUCGCGAUCUAUAAAAAUGAUAAUUAUGAGGUUUCAUUCCAUCAUACUGUUCAACCUUCAUAUAACAAGUUUCGCAUUAUCAAGUACCUUAAGACACAUACAACAACUAAUAGAAAUGAUGAUUCGCAAAGUGAUAUGAAAAUUAGUGCGUGUGCAAACUUGCUUGCGUGUGAUGAUUUACUCAGCUCGUCGAUACCUGUUAGGCUGCGUCAUCCGUCUAUUCUUCGUGUCCACAAGGCUUGUUCUGAUGCACUUAACAGUUUGUACUUGGUGGUUGAAAACUCAGUCCCAUUUAGUGCUUUCGUUACUAAUCCCACCAUGGAUGACCUACUAGCUGGGUCCUAUAGUCUUCUUUCUGCUCUCAAUUUCCUGCAUAAUACACUUGGAGUUUCGCACAAUAACGUGGAUACUACCAGUGUAUUUAUUGAUUCGAAUAUGUGUUGGAAGUUGUGCGGUUUUGAGCUCGCUCUGGAAUUUAAGAAUAUGUCUUCUGACCAUAUACGAAGAAUUGAAGCUUUAAAGGGACGACAAGACGCAAAAGCUUUAAAUUUUGAUCCGGCGUAUGCCUUCUGUUAUGAUAUAUAUUGUUUUAGCCGAAUGAUUUGUACGCUAACUGAUACAGGCGAAGGUCCUUUCUAUAAUCUCAUACAGGUUUUAAUUAACUCUUGCAUGCAUAGUUUACCCAAAGCGCGUAUACCUUCUGACCACCUACUAGCUCACCCAUCUUUCAAGAGCCCAUAUAUAUCCACAUUGGAUUUUCUAGACACAUAUGUGAGUCGUAGUGAUGAGGAGAAGGAAGUGUUCUUCAGAUCAUUUACAGAAAAAGUAUUUAACAGGAUAUCAGAAGAGUUAUUUUGUCGCAACAUUUUACCAAAAAUGUUCGAAAACACCAUCUUUCUUGAUUAUCCGGCUCAAACCGUACUUGCGCAGAUUUUCCACGCUUUUGAAGAAAACCUUCAAGAGUCACCCAAAUCCAAAUUGAUCAUAUCUCUUCGAAAUUUUCAGAAGUUUGUCAAUCCUUUAAUUGUUCAGAAAUUUAUGGUUAACGAGAGACAUACGCGUAUUUUGUUACUUCAGCACUUCACUGGCUAUUUAAAAAUAUUAACUGAUAGUGAUUUGUUAAAUGUGAUAUUACCACAAAUAUGUCGUGGUGUUUUCGAUAGUCAUAAUGCACUAUCAGUUUUAAGUUUGCAAGCGUUAGGAUGUCUUGCUAGUCGUCUAAAUGCUACUGUUGUUUUAAAUCAUUUACGUCGGAUCGAAGAAAGCCUAUGUAAAGCUGGCAGUUUAUCUAAUAAUUCUAGUCAUAUUACGAGCAGUGAUGGAAAUAAUAGAUUUAUUACUUAUGUAUGGCCUCGUAAUAAUCUGUUUUAUGAAGCUGCACCAAAAAUUAAUCGAACUAAUCGGGAAAUUCCUUUAUGUGAGAAGAAACAAACCCAUGUUUCAAAUGAAUCCACUCGACCAUUAGCUCAAUUGGCCGUUUUUUCUCCAAAUUAUGAUCCAUCUAUGAAUUCCUGUUUAUUAAGCUAUACGGAUGACCUUUCCACUGAUUCUCGUCCAUCGAAUAGUGAUGUACUUAAACUGUCAAGUACUAUAACGGGAGCCAGUACCAUUAAUUAUACUCUGACUACUGCUACUACUACUACUACUACUGCCACUAAUAAUAAUGUUGAUAAUGAUAAUAAUUGUCGUCAAUUGGAUGAAGUCGAAAAAUUUCAGUGCAAUACUGAAAAUACGUUUGAUGAAAAUACUAAAUUUUCUAGUUUAGUUGAUAAACCCGUGGUACAUUAUUCAUCAUCAUCGUCAAGGGAAUUGGUUAUUAACGGAAAAUCAUUAGUAUAUUCUGAAAGCAAUUCUAAUUGUUUGAAUAACCCUGUAGAAAUUUUUAAUGAUGAACGUGAAAUCGAUGCACUCCUUACAUUGAUGGAACCUAAAAUUGUACAGAAACCUAUUCCAUAUUCUCCUCUCAGGUAUACAGUUAUUUCUGAUGAAAUGGAAAUAAACCGAUUGAGCGGACUAUCAUUAGAACCGUCAGCUGAUGCGGAUACUGAAACCAAUGGAUGGGAAGAUGCAUGGAAUACAGAUACAUGAACAGAUCAAGCAUUCUGUGACGAUUAUGAAAUUGUUUAUUACAUUUUCUUUUAAUUGUUCAUUUCUCUCCUUUUCUUUUUACCAUUAAAGGUAUGGUUUAUUUUGUGAGUGGUAUGUUUGUUGUUAUCAUUUUUUCUUUCUUUCUUUCUUUUAUAUUUAUUCUCAUUUGGUUUUAUGACUAUUUCUGUAAUAUUUUUGUUAAGAUAAUAAACUAGAUUUUGAAUCAUUUGAGAAUAUUUACAUGUUUGUAUUUAUUUUGAUUUUCGAGCCAUUGUAAUUUUAUCUGUCAGGUAAUCAUCAGUUUUUCUUUUUAAAAAAAAAUCUUGUACAAAAGGUUAAUAAAAAUCACUAUUCUUUUAGUUCAUGUUGUUUGUCUUUUUUUCUUUCAUUAUUUAUACACAUUGUUAGUUUAAUAUAGAAAUGAUUAGAUUGGUUUAGUUU